AUGGUAAGCGCAAAAGCGGGGGAAAAAGAACUGAUACGAACGAAUAUGCCAAUACUUGCCCGAAGGGACUUUCUUAUUAUUACUGAAACUUCGCUUAGUGGUCUUUCUUUACUCCCAACACCAAAUCUAUCUAUUCCGUGCGUCUCUUUUCUCGAACGUGAUUCACAGGCCUGGAAAGGUGUCGGCAAGGCUGCUAUACAUUACACCACCCCAACAUCCAAAAAUCUCUCUGACUCAUCACCCCUCUCUCUCUCUUUCACCCCUCUCUCUCUCCCCUCUCUCUCUCUCUCUCUCUCUCUGUCCUCUCUCUCUCCUCACCCCUCUCUCUCUCUCUCCUCCCCUUUCCUCCUCUCUGUCUCUUUCUUAUCUCAAUACUCUGUCCUCAAACUCCUCCCCUCUCUUCCUCAUUCUCUCUGUCUCUGUCUGUCUUGCAUUUGCCCUGAAAUGUCCCUCCCUUUUGAUUUUCUUUCUUUCUUUGUGCAUUUCUUUCUUUCUUUCUUUCUUUCUUUCUUACUUUCUUUCUUUCUUUCUAUCAUUGUGCGUUUCUUUCUUUCUUUCUUUCUUUCUUUCAGCAGUGUAACGAUCUUUUAA